AUGGUUGUUACUCAGAACGUCUGCACCUGGAUCCGCAUCUCUCUUCUAUCCAGAAUGCCGGAUCUUGGGAAGGAGAUUUCUCUAGCACCAAGCUCACUUUACGUGUGCCUUACCCAACUCAUGGGUCCAGGAUUCCAUUGGUCUCUCUAUAUAACCGAUGCGAGCGGAGUCGCCACACGCUACCACUGGCGGGAGGUACCUGGUAGACGGGGCGCUGACGAUCCCAUCGAAGAAUUCGCAUACGGUAUCAUCAAACCAGUCACUGAGAUCACCAGAGGUAACAACUUCAACCUCGCGUUCAUCAAGAUAUCCGCCUAUGUUCCACAUGAAGGGAUGCAACCUGAAUACUUUGUUGCGCUCUUCAAGGACGUCUUUACGACCAGCUACUCGUCUGUCAGGGAAAAUCGGCAGCACCAGAUUAGCUGUCGUACGUGGCUGAUGGCUGCAUUGCAAAGGAUGCGCGUAGCAGGCCACCUCACCCUUGAUAGUGCCGCUGUAGCCGGCCUGGAGGCGAGCAUAAAGGAGAUUGGGAACGCAGUCGAGGAAAGGGUUAGCACGGGGAUCGUUGAGUCGGAAUUUGCUUACUUGUAG